CCGCCUGCCUGUUGCUUACGCCCCUCCUAAACCCCAACGGCGCCGAGCGGAACGAAACCCAACGCCCCCGCACGCACCGUGGCACCGACGCAGCAGGCGCGGAAAGCGACACGCCUCCACCGCCCCUGCUUCCCGCCUCCCUCCCAUACCACCUCCUCCUCCCCGAGACGCGGCCAAGCAGCAAGCGCCGAAACCCAAGCGUCUGUGGCUCUGUGCGCUUGGGGAUCCAAAGGCGUUUGAGCGAGGGACGCGAUGGUGGCGGCGGCGCUGAACGCCAUGGCGGGGACGCGGUGGGGGCGGUGGCUGGGCCUGGUGACGGCGGUUUGGGUGCAGUGCAUAUCCGGCAACAACUACACCUUCUCCAACUACUCCGACUCAAUCAAGACGCUCAUGGGCCUCACGCAGCUGCAGCUCAACGGCCUCUCCGUCGCCAAGGACGUCGGCAAGGCGUUCGGCCUCCUCGCCGGCCUCGCCUCCGACCGCGUGCCCACGUGGCUCCUCCUCGCCAUCGGCUCCCUCGAGGGGCUCCUUGGCUACGGCGCGCAGUGGCUCGUCGUGUCCCGGACCGUCGCGCCGCUCCCCUACUGGCAGAUGUGCGUCUUCCUCUGCCUCGGCGGGAACAGCACCACGUGGAUGAACACCGCCGUGCUCGUCACGUGCAUCCGCAACUUUCGGCGGAGCAGGGGCCCCGUGUCCGGGCUGCUCAAGGGCUACGUCGGCCUCAGCACGGCCAUCUUCACCGACAUCUGCUCCGCGCUGUUCGCCGACAACCCCGCGUCCUUCCUCGUCAUGCUCGCCGUCGUGCCGGCCGCGGUCUGCGUGCUCGCCAUGGUGUUCCUCCGCGAGGGGCCGUCCGGCGGCGCGGCGGGCGCCACCGGGGACGAGGAGGAAGACGGGCGCUGCUUCGCCGCCAUCAACUCGAUCGCCGUGGCCAUCGCGCUGUACCUCCUCGCCGCCGACCUCACGGGCCUUGGCGGCGGCGGCGGGGUCGUCUCGGCCGUCUUCGUGGCCGUGCUCCUGGUGCUCCUCACGUCCCCCGCCGCCGUGCCGGUGCUCUUGGCGUGGAAGUCGUGGACGAAGACGCUCAAGGCGGCGAACGCCGACCUCGAGGAGGCGGAGUCUGCGUCCGCGCCGCUCCUCCUCGCGGCGAAGUCGGCAGAGAGGAAUGGGGAGGAGGCUGAGGCGCGGGGGCCCGGUGAGCGGCCGCGGCUCGGGGAGGAGCACACGAUCGCGCAGGCGCUGACAUCUCUGGACUUCUGGCUCAUGUUCGCGUCAUUCCUGAUGGGCGUUGGCACGGGGCUGGCCGUGAUGAACAACCUGGGGCAGAUGGGCGUGGCCAUGGGCUACACCGACGUCUCCCUCUUCGUCUCCAUGACCAGCAUCUGGGGCUUCUUCGGUCGCAUCGCCUCCGGCACCAUCUCAGAGCACUUCAUCAAGACAAGAGCAAUUCCACGCCCAUUUUGGAACGCAGCCUCGCAGAUCGUGAUGGCCGUGGGCUACAUCGUGAUGUCUCUCGCCAUGCCGGGCUCGCUCUUCAUCGGCUCGGUCGUCGUCGGCGUCUGCUACGGCGUCCGGCUGGCUGUCACCGUGCCGACGGCGUCCGAGCUGUUCGGGCUCAAAUACUACGGCCUCAUCUACAACAUCCUCAUCCUCAACCUGCCCCUCGGCUCCUUCCUCUUCUCGGGCCUGCUCGCGGGCCUCCUCUACGACGCGCAGGCCACUGCGGUGCCGGGUGGAGGCAACACCUGCGUGGGCGCGCACUGCUACCGCCUCGUGUUCGUCAUCAUGGCGGUCGCCUGCGUCGUCGGGUUCGGCCUGGACGCCCUGCUCUGCGUCAGGACGAAGACGGUGUACGCCAAGAUCCACGAGAGCAAGAGGUCCAACAGGUCGGCAGCGGUGCAGAGGGUGAGUUAGCCGCUGCUCCGUGGAAACUCGAGGGAACAGCUAGCUCGCGCCGUUAGCGUUGGAAUUCAGCAGUAGCAUUCUGGAGGUACAGGCACUGUAAAUUUUUGUGUGAAUAAGGGAAUUCAUGUCUUGAUUCUCUGGACAAGAUGGAUGGAUCCAUUCAAUUUUAUUAGUGCAUUGCCACGGAAGUUUCUAAUGGCUGGUACGAAGGAAGUGUUGUUUGUGAACUGUUGGUACUUACUACUGAGUAGUACUGACUGAGAGGUCUGCAGAUUUUGUUAGUCUCCCUUCAGUUCAUAUCGGUGUAGUGCCCUAAAGUGCAACGAAAUGGAUGUAUGAAAGCGUUAGCGUAUAAAUGUAUCAAGAGAACAGUGUAAUGGUGUAAUACUUAGGUCUAUUAGUAUUUCUGAUUUUGGCUCGUGUGAAUCAAAUAUUCCGGCAUGAUAGGUUUACUAUCACUUUAAUAGUUUAAAUAGAUUAUGAUCA